CGUUGAUCCAAGAAAAAGAGAACGGCAAAGCUUCUCUCUCCUGGCAGUAGAGAUAGAGCAAAGCUUCUUCAUUUAAAUAAAAAAAUAUUUCUUUUUUGGAAAAAAAAAAAAAAGAAAAGGAAAAAAUCCCUGUAGGGAAUGCAGAGAGAUGAGAAGGUCAUCGGUGACGAGGCCUGAGCUGUGUGGACACGGUAAGCGGUCCAUCGGCGGCAGGAAUUGCCACCGUAAACACGUCGAAGACGGGUGAUUCAUUCCCGUGCACUGUAACAAACAAAAAGUGAAAAAUCUAUGCCUUUAAUCUUCUGUUUCUUUAUGUUAUCUCUUCUAUUGUAUAUACAAUAAUUCAGAUCAGAGCUUCUUUCUGUGUUGUGUUUCUCGAGCUGAUAAGAAAAAAUGGCGGAGAAAACUAAAAAUGAACACCCUGCUUUGCUUCAUGGAAAGUACGAGCUUGGUCGUAUGUUGGGUCAUGGAACCUUCGCCAAAGUCUACCAUGCACGGAAUCUUCAGACAGGGAAGGGUGUUGCCAUGAAAGUUGUUGGCAAAGAGAAGGUGAUUAAAGUUGGGAUGAUGGAGCAGAUCAAGCGGGAGAUUUCCGUUAUGAAGAUGGUGAAACACCCCAAUAUAGUUGAGUUGCACGAAGUCAUGGCAAGUAAGUCGAAGAUUUAUUUUGCUAUGGAACUUGUCCGUGGUGGAGAACUCUUCUCAAAAAUUUCCAAGGGUCGGCUCAAGGAAGACUUGGCAAGAGUUUUUUUUCAACAGUUAGUUUCUGCUAUCGAUUUCUGUCAUAGUCGUGGGGUUUACCACCGUGAUUUGAAGCCGGAGAAUUUGCUCUUAGAUGAAGAUGGAAACUUGAAGGUUACAGAUUUUGGACUCAGUGCUUUCUCAGAACACUUGAAACAAGAUGGGUUAUUGCACACAACUUGUGGAACACCGGCUUAUGUGGCUCCUGAAGUUAUUGGGAAGAAAGGAUAUGACGGAGCUAAGGCAGAUAUUUGGUCUUGUGGGGUAAUUCUUUAUGUUCUUCUUGCUGGGUUCUUACCCUUUCAAGAUGAUAACUUGGUAGCCAUGUAUAGGAAGAUUUAUAGAGGAGAUUUCAAGUGUCCACCAUGGUUUUCCCCUGAAGCUCGUAGAUUAAUCACUAAGCUUUUAGAUCCCAACCCAAGUACCCGAAUCACUAUCUCAAAGGUCAUGGACUCGUCUUGGUUCAAGAAAUCUAUGCCUAAGACCGUUAGAACCAAGGAAGAGUUAGAAUUUGAAGCGUUCAAUGUUGACAAAUCAUCCAAGCCUGAGACUUUGAACGCCUUCCAUAUCAUUUCUCUGUCUGAGGGCUUUGAUUUAUCGCCUUUGUUUGAAGAGAAGAAGAGAGAAGAGAAGGAGGAGCUUAGAUUCGCUACAACAAGGCCAGCAAGCAGUGUAAUAUCAAGACUGGAGGAGGUGGCCAAGUCGGUGAAGUUCAGCGUCAAGAAGAGCGAGUCAAGUGUGAGGUUGCAGGGGCAGGAAUGUGGAAGGAAAGGGAAAUUAGGGAUUGCUGCUGACAUAUUUGCAGUGACGCCGUCGUUUCUGGUGGUCGAAGUUAAAAAAGACCAUGGUGAUACCCUUGAGUACAACCAGUUUUGCAGUAAAGAACUCCGACCGGCGCUUAAGGACAUCGUCUGGACGUCGCCCGCCGAUAACUCGACACUUGCUUGAUUUAUCUAAAAAAAACCUAGGAGGUGGGAAGUUUCAAGACCUAUCUGUUCUAGACAUUGUUUGAUGAUGAUGUUAUUGUUUUUGUUGUGAUUGUUUUGAUGGAAAUUAAUAACAGAGGAUGUUCUGUUAUUGUUCUGUUCCUUUCAGUUCUUGAUUAUCUUUUGUCAUGUCUUUGUGGGCUUGGUCCGUUGUGAUAUGGUCACUUGGAAUCAUGUGUGAAUCAUUCGAUAACUUUAUCGUUGUCGAUCCAUUUUAUGCCGUAGUUUUCAUGUUUGUAUAUGCAAGUGGGCUGCUUCAGUUA